UCUGUGUCCCCACCCCCCGUCUCUUACUCUUGCUAAUCCUCCAGGCAUCAGCGCAAGCAGGCAGCAGCAAUAGAGGCUAACAAAGCUCUGCCUAAACUACACUUUAAUAGAUUCUUAACCAUUCACUCGCCAUGGCAGCAAUCAGGAAAAAGCUGGUCAUAGUGGGAGAUGGAGCCUGCGGGAAGACUUGUCUGCUAAUUGUUUUCAGUAAGGACCAGUUUCCUGAGGUCUACGUGCCCACAGUGUUUGAGAACUAUGUAGCUGACAUUGAAGUUGAUACCAAGCAGGUUGAAUUAGCACUGUGGGAUACGGCAGGUCAAGAGGAUUAUGACAGGCUCCGCCCACUCUCAUAUCCAGACACUGAUGUCAUUCUUAUGUGCUUCUCCAUCGACAGCCCAGACAGUCUUGAGAACAUCCCUGAGAAGUGGACCCCUGAGGUGAAACAUUUCUGUCCAAACGUUCCCAUCAUACUGGUGGGAAAUAAGAAGGACUUGCGUAACGAUGAUCACACUCGAAGAGAACUGGCCAAAAUGAAGCAGGAACCAGUGAAAUCAGAAGACGGACGGGACAUGGCUAACAGGAUCGGUGCCUUUGGAUACAUGGAGUGCUCUGCGAAAACAAAGGAUGGUGUGAGGGAAGUGUUCGAGAUGGCCACCAGGGCUGCACUACAGGCUAGGCGGGGGAAGAAGAGCAAUAAAUGCAACCUACUGUAAAUGGCAGUGUGAGGACUGCUUCCUACAAGGGGGGCGAGGGAGAAUUAGGUCAAUCCUACCCCUGAAUAAACCCACACAAAAGACUGUUCUCCCCCGUUUUUACUGAAGGUGUCAUGCUUUUACUGUUUUGUCUUAAGCAGAAGUAGUCAGGUUGUCAGUAUUCAACUUUGAAGUUAUGGAAAAUACUUUUUUGUACUUUUAACAUGAGUAACGUUUGCCAUACUGAAACCACCUUUAACAUGUAUGUAAUUGAAAAGGUCAGCCAGGAGAUCUGUUGUGUCAUGCUUGCCAACUACAGUUAAGUGCUUAAGACCUGCCUGCUGAUCGAAGGAAUGUGUCCACAGCCAACUAGGGCGGAGUACCUGCACACUGUGACCGGUCGUACUUUCCUCAUUCAAACUCACGCACACAUCAAGACAAAUAAGCCUGUGUGUGCCUGGUAGAGAUGUAAACAGAAAUAAUCGUAGGUGCAUUAUGAUCACAUGCAAAUUGUAUGACUGGAAACUGGUUUUGUUGAAAGUGUUUGUGAAAAUCUUCUCUUGCCUCAGAAACACUGAAUUAAAUCUCUUGAGUUGUAGCAAAGCUCACAUAUGGAACUAAAUUGUAUGCAAGCUCCCAGCCGGAUGUGUUUAGGGUUAAAACGUAGUGCGAGUCGCUUGUUUGAGGUCUUUUUGCAUUUGAUUCUGAGCUCAGCCAUGGUGCAAGACAAAGUGCACUUAGGAGAUAUGGUGGGCAUUUGCAGAUAAAUAAGAGCCACUCUUCAGAUGUUGUAAUUGGAGCCUGACAGAUGUGUUUUUGAAGACAUUUUUGAUGAAGGAGCAAUUCUAUGUAACAGUUCUCAUUUGGAUAAAAAUAAAUGUGUCAGUGCUCCCUGGUGGACAA